AAAUAAGCCCAAUGCUACUGGAUGAACGCCAGGCUGCUGUCCAAAGUGUCCAGGCGCGCUGAGGUUGACUGGAGCUGUCCGCGGUGCUGAAGCUCCACCGCGCAAUCCGCUUAGAACAGUCUGUGAGUCGAGCUCUCUCUGCGUUACUGCCGGAGCUCUGCGCGAUUCCCCGGGAAAGACGCGAGUAGCCCAUAUGCUUACAAGACCGUACGGACGUUUUAUUUGACAUUCGAGUCAUUCUCACGGCAUCGUUUAACACAAGGACAAAUUGUAGUGUGUUCUGAAGAGUCGUUUCAGUAUGUGCGCAAGGAUCGAGCUCCAAAAGAUCUGGCUCCUUUUGCUGCUCAUUCUGAGUCUUUCAGUGAUUUACACGCGUUGUCAAGAAGAUGGAACUGUACAAACUCAGAGAGGAGGAGAGUCAGAAUCAAAGAGAGUGUUUGACCCUUUCACCAGCAAACAGGAGCCACCAACUGACGUCCAGCAGCUCACCACAGAUGCAGUACCAAUCCUCCCCAACCUAAGACUGCUCAAACGCCACUCGGCUCUGCUGACCAAGAGCUUCGAGGGAGAUCAGCAGUUUUUUAAAGAGGCACCGCACACCAUGCCAACAGUCUCUACCUCUACAUCUAACACUGAACAUUCACUUCUGGUGCCUCAGGAGGAUGCAGCAGUCUUCUCUGACCUUGUGACCACAUUGACCAUGACUGCGGCAACAUCUGUGGAACAAAGAAGGCCCAGCAAAAGCCGUAGUAAAACAUCAGAGAAGAUCAUGGUCACCUCUCAGCCUUUCACAAACCCCACCAUUCCAAUAAGCACUCCCACAAGCACAGGUCAAAAGACAACUCUCAACACAACAACAAAGAAAGCCUUUGACAAGGAAACUACUUUGCCACCACUGUUUCUGUCAACUUCACCUAAGAAAAAAUCAUGGAAGCCGGAGGGGAAAACCACACCAGGAUAUUCCUCUGAGACAUCUCCAGCUCACUGCGAUAUGAACUUCACAGACGCCGAGGGUUAUAUUGAGCUCCCCCCAGAUGUCUCAUUUGAUUCCCACUUUCAUUGCACCUGCCUGGUUACUGUAUAUCUGGGUUAUGGCAUUGAGAUUCAGGUGCUGAAUGCGAGUUUGGAUGAUGGGAUGGAGGCGGUUCUAGAGGAUCUAGGUGGACCCAUGGCCUCAAUUCUGGCCAACAAGUCCAUGUUAUCCAGAGGUCUGGUGCUGCGGAGCUCUAGUAACCAGAUCUCAGUGCAGUUCAGCACCUUUGCUCUGAGUUGUGCAUCCCCGUUGGCCCCUGAAAAUUGUGAAGUAUCAGUUACUGGUCUUCAGGUGGGGGGCGUGGCCUAUUUCUCCUGUCUGGUUGGCUAUCAGCUCCAGGGCCCCUCCUCUCUCACUUGCCGAAAUGCCACCACACCCUACUGGAGUGGCAGAGAGCCAAGUUGUCAAGUUUCUUGUGGGGGGAUGGUGAAAAAUGCCACUCAGGGUCGUAUCAUCUCUCCGGGGUUUCCAGGAAAUUACAGCAACAAUCUGACAUGUCACUGGGUACUGGAGGCCCCUGAGGGCCAUCGGCUCCAUGUUCACUUUGAGAAAGUGGCACUGGCUGAGGAUGAUGACAGGCUCCUAAUAAAGGAUGGAAGUAACAUUGACUCUCCGCCCCUGUAUGACUCGUAUGCAGUCGAGUAUCUGCCCACUGAGGGGGUCACCAGCACCGGCAGGCAUCUGUUUGUGGAAUUCACCAGUGACGAGACGGGCACAUGCACUGGCGCUGCCAUCCGAUAUGAAGCUUUUGCUCAAGGCAGUUGUUAUGAGCCGUUUGUGAAGUAUGGAAAUUUCUCCACAAGUGAUCCUGCUUUUGGAGUUGGUUCUGUGGUGGAGUUCACCUGUGAGCCUGGUUAUACACUGGAGCAGGGCGCUAUUAUUUUAGAGUGCGUAAAUGAUGAAAAUCCACAAUGGAAUGAGACAGAACCAGCCUGCAGAGCGGUGUGCAGUGGAGAAAUAACAGAUUCAGCAGGAGUGGUGCUUUCUCCAAACUGGCCUGAAGCGUAUGACAAAGGUCAGGAUUGUAUCUGGGGUCUACAUGUGGAGGAGGACAAGAGAUUUAUGCUGGAUGUCCAGGUUCUUCGUCUGGGGAAGAAUGACCUGCUGACCUUUUAUGAUGGAGAUGACCUCACAGCCAACAUCCUGGGCCAGUACAGCGGAUUUCUUCCUCGAUUUAGACUCUAUACCGCUUCAGCCGAUGUGACCAUCCAGUUUCAAUCUGAUCCAGCCUCCAAUGUCUACGGAUACAACAAUGGCUUUGUAGUGCAUUUCUUUGAAGUGCCACGUAACGACACCUGCGCAGAGCUGCCAGAAAUGCCUAAUGGCUGGAAGAGCACGUCUCAUCCCGACCUGACCCAUGGCACCGUUAUUACCUACCAGUGUUACCCAGGCUUCCAUCUGCAGGGCUCAGAGAUCCUGAUGUGCCAGUGGGAUCUGACAUGGAGUGGAGACGUCCCCAUCUGUGAGAAAAUUAUGUCAUGUGAUGAGCCGGGGCUAGUGGACAACAGCCGGAGACUGGUGACUGGCUCUCGUUUCGCUGUGGGAUCAUCCGUGGAGUACAUUUGCAACAAAGGAUACUCACUUUCUGGCCCAGGAGUGCUCACUUGCUACAGCAGAGAUACUGCAGACCCAAAGUGGAGUGAAAGACUGCCCAAAUGUGUCCCUGAAAGAUAUGAACCCUGCAGUAACCCUGGCGCCCCCUCCACGGCCAUCCAAAGUUCAGAGAAAGCGUUUUUCCAGGCAGGAGAGACUCUGAGCUUCACCUGCCGUGCAGGUUAUGCGCUUCAGGGUGAACCCACUAUCCACUGCCUCCCUGGACAUCCGUCUCAAUGGAGUGGAGCGCCACCUAUGUGCAGAGCUUCCUCAAGAAACAAUGAGGAACACAGAUUGAACGCUGCUGAUUCAGAGUUCGACGUGGAGGGCGUCAACAUCGCCGUCGCAGUUCUGAUUCCUGUAGCGGUGGUACUGAUGCUCCUCCUGGUCGUUUUCCUCUGCAUCUCAAUAGCUCAAAGCAAGACUUUUCAGCUUCCUGGGUCGUCAUCUCCACCGUAUGACAACAUGACGGAAGAAUCUGCAUUUGACAACCCUGUGUAUGAGACAGGAGUAAGUAUGGAUGCCAUGAACCUCAGAGACGUGGGCUCUCACAACACCAUCGUCCUGUCCUGAUCAACCCUGCCUGCCAUUCUGUCAUUCCACCUGUCAUUUAUGACUUUGACUUGGUCUGCAGAACGAAUAGUGUGAAUAAACAGAGUUAAAUGGCUAAACAGCAAACAAGGCCAGUAUUUACACAGUAAUGUAGCCGUAUCAGUACCAUGUAAUGGCACUACUAAAGAUUUAAGGACAAGAUAUAUAAUAAAACUGUCUUCAUCAUUUAGUGCAAUGUUACAUCAAAUCUUAAGACUUAAGAAAUUGAUUUUAAUGUCUUUUUGUUUUAACAUUUCAAGUUCAAAAAUGCUGCUGUAUAUUCAUAACAUACAAAGGGUUAGAAUAAAAUAUGUCAGGAUGCAGUGGAGAAGGAAAGACUCUGGGUCCCUCAUGAAAACAUUCAUUUUAGAUGUAAAAACCCAUUUAGGCUCGAGGCUUUGGGUCAUCGUUAUCUAGAACUCAGCAGAUGGUGUGUGUGUGUGUGUGUCUCUCAAUUUACCCUCUUCAUGUUCUCAUAUUGGAUGUUCUUACUAAUACUGGAGUACCACAUAUUAACCAAAAAAAUAAUUUCCUAAUCAUCAAGUUACCAAGUCGCCGAUAUCUGUUGAAUGUGAAAAAUGUGAAAUAUCUGUUGAAUGUGAAAAACUGUCCAAAUUCCACCUGAAUGAUCAUACAAUUAUUUAUUUAAAUUAUAUUACCUACAUAUGAAUCUCACAUGAUUCAUGUUUGUGUUUCAAGUCAUUUAUGUUCACCUGUUCAUUAUUUUUGUGUUUCAUGUCUUCAUAAGUUUCCUCUCUUUUGAUUCAAAUAACAAUAAAAUUAUAAUGAAGCUCUUGAAUUAACUUGCACAUUAUACUUUCAUAAACGUAUCUAACCUACACUACCAUUCAGAAAUUCAG